GGUCACUUUCCCCUGCUUCUCGUUUCCUUGUUUCGACAACCAUGUCUGGCUGGUUCACUUCGUUCCUGAACUGCCGUCUGUGCAUCGGCGGCAAGUUGGUGGAAGAUCAGUUGAUUGUUUCUGAUGAUACUGGUCUUAUUCUCCCUCGAACCGGAUAUAUCGGUGGUGAUGCAGUAGACCUGGAAGAAGGCAUUAUUGCUCCAGGGCUGUUGGAGUUGCACACUAAUGGUUUACUUGGAUUUCAUUUCACACACUUCGACAACGAGGAGGAAUAUGCUGGUCAAAUUGAUAAGGCUGCCAAGUUCCUCGUUACACGAGGUGUUACUGGUUUUUGGGCGACAGUACCGACUAUUCUGCCGUCUUUGAAGCCUAGGACAAUCGAUAAUAGCGCCUCGCUACUAGGAGCACACGCAGAAGGACCCUACUUAGCACCAUCCAAGAAAGGUGCCCAUAACUCGGACCACUUCUUUGAUGGCAAUCGAUCAGCGGAAGAAGUGUAUGGAGUAUCAGCGAGAUCUGCCGAGACGCUGAAGUUUGUGACUCUGGCACCUGAGCUCCAUAAAUCAUCAGAGCUUAUCAAAAGUCUUACAUCCAAAGGCAUCAAAGUGUCGCUUGGCCAUAGUGCAGCCACCUACGAACAAGGCAUUGAGGGAGUCAAAGCUGGAGCGACAUUGUUGACGCAUACUUUGAACGCCAUGACACCACUUCACCAUCGCGAGCCUGGACUUGCUGGACUCGUCACAACUGCCAAUACAGAUAGUCAAAAGAGCCCAUACUUCACAAUCAUCCCAGACGGCAACCAUCUUCAUCCCAGCGUAGCUACGAUGCUCUUUAAAGCAAAUCCGGAAAAGUGUAUCUUCAUCACUGACAGCAUUGAGCUCGCCGGACUGGAGGAUGGUGUCUACCCUGGACACGCACAGAUCCCAUACAAACAACGCAAGACGGGAUCGAGGGUGACAAUCGAUGGGACAGAGACGCUAGUGGGCGGGUGUGCCAGCUUGCAGGAAUGCAUUCAAAACAUGAUGAAAUGGAGUGGAUGUAGUGUGGCAGAGGCAGUGAGAUGCGUGACUGAAAAUGUGGCAGACCUGAUGGGAGACAAAAGCAGAGGCAAGCUGGAAGCAGGACGGAGGGCAGACUUUGUCGUGUUGAAUGAUGAAGGAGAAGUGCUUCAAACGUGGGUCGCGGGGUUGAAGGUGUGGGAGAAGCGA